GGGAGGGCCAGGUGAGCCUUGGUGGAUGUGGCACCUGGACUUUGACAGCCUCCGUGAGGAGAGGAGACACCCCAGGGCCAGGCUGCUGGGGCUGCGCGGAAGGCAGGUGGAAGGGCGUCUGUCCGAGCAGGGAGAUGAAAUAACUACACAACAGACUGUAAACAAGGGAGAAGGUCAGAAGGCCGGGGAUGGAGCCUGGGGCGCCCCAGUGGCCGCCGCAGCCCCGGGGGAGGCCCCUGGCCCAGUCACAGGGUCCAGAUUGCAGCCUUCGGCGAGAAGGGCAUCAUCGGGCUGCCCCUCACGCUUGGCACGACGGAGAGAGGUUCCGUCAAUGGCAAGAUGUCCGCAGGAGCCCCCAGCCGCAGAAGGACCCCAGGGCAGAGCGCCAGCAGCCCCACUACGUGCCCAGGCCUUUGUCCGGGGGCGACUAUUAUGAAAGUGGCCACCCCCAUCAGCUGUACUCACGGCCGGGCGCUGAGGAUCCGUAUCUGAGCUACCACCCUCCAGCUCUGAGGGAAGAAUAUGCUUAUGGAAGUUAUUACUACCGUGGGCACCCGCAGCAGCAACCAGAAGAAAGAGUGCCGAGGCAAGCGAGUCCUUACAUCAGGCCUGAAGAUUAUCGAGAUCCAAAGUACCUCCAUGAACAUCCCCGCGAAAACCAGAGGAGCCCGUCGGGGACCCCGUUCCGAUCUCAGAGCGGGAACGCUUAUAAAGACAGCCCUGCUUCUAACUCUGGACAGGAGAGGCCUGGGGACUUCCUUCCAGAGAGUCUGCUCCCUGGGGCCCAGAAGAAUAAGCCGCCGCUGACCAGCGAGUCCAACCUCCUGCAGCAGCAGGAGUCUGGCCUCAGCUCCAGCAGCUACGAGCUCAGCCAGUACAUGGCAGACGCCUCCGAGUCCUACCUCCCCGCGGCGUCAGCGGCCUGGAGGCCAAUUCAGGACGAGGACGUCUCGACAGCUGGUUCCAAGGCGCCCAUGAAGUUCUACGUCCCCCACGUGCCUGUGAGUUUCGGGCCAGGAGGUCACCUGGUAUGUGCGUGCCCCAGCUCUCCCAGCGAAGGGCAGACGGCCCUGGUCGAACUGCACAGCAUGGAGGUUAUUCUUAAUGAUUCCGAGGAACAAGAAGAGAUGAGAACUUUCUCAGGACCCCUGAUCCGGGAAGACGUCCACAAGGUGGACAUCAUGACGUUUUGCCAGCAGAAGGCAGCCCAGAGCCGCAAAUCUGAGACCCCAGGGAGCCGAGACUCUGCUCUGCUGUGGCAGCUGCUGGUUCUCCUUUGCCGGCAGAAUGGGUCCAUGGUGGGGUCUGACAUUGCGGAGCUGCUGGUGCAAGACUGCAAAAAGCUGGACAAGUACCAGAGGCAGCCGCCGGUGGCCAAUCUCAUCAGCCUGACCGAGGAGGACGACAGGCCGGUGCUCGGCAUGGGGACCCCGAACCUGCUCACGGGGGAGAUUCCGCCCAGCGUGGAGACGCCCGCGCAGAUCGUGGAGAAAUUCACCAAACUGCUGUACUACGGAAGGAAGAAGGAGGCCUUGGAGUGGGCCAUGAGGAACCACCUGUGGGGCCACGCUUUGUUCCUGUCCAGCAAGAUGGACCCCAGGACCUACAGCUGGGUCAUGAGUGGCUUCACCAGCACGCUGGCGCUCCACGACCCGCUGCAGACCCUCUUCCAGCUCAUGUCUGGCAGGAUCCCACAGGCGGCCACGAGUUGUGGGGACAAGCAGUGGGGAGACUGGAGGCCUCACUUGGCGGUGAUCCUGUCGAAUCAGGCCGGGGACCCGGAGCUGCACCAGCGCGCCAUCGUCACCAUGGGGGACACCCUGGCCGGGAAGGGGAUGGUGGAGGCGGCUCACUUCUGCUACCUCGUGGCUCGCGUGCCCUUCGGCCACUACACGGUGAAGACAGACCACCUGGCCCUGCUGGGCAGCAGCCACAGUCAAGAGUUUCCGAGAUUUGCAUCCACCGAGGCUAUCCAGAGGACGGAAAUCUUCGAGUACUGUCAGAUGCUGGGCCGCCCCCAGUCCUUCAUCCCUUCGUUCCAGGUGUACAAGUUCCUGUACGCUUCCCGGCUGGCAGACUUCGGCCUUGCGUCCCAGGCCCUGCAUUACUGCGAAGCCGUCGGCACAGCCCUGCUCAGCCAGGGAGAGAGCAGUCACCCUGUGCUGCUGGUGGAGCUCAUCAAGCUAGCCGAGAAGCUGAAGCUGUCGGACCCUCUGCUGAUGGAGAGACGCCGUGGGGACCGGGACCUGGAGCCCGAGUGGCUCGUGGGCCUUCGGAAGCUGCACCAGGAGCUGGCGCAAAAGGUAGCCGGAGACCCUGGGGAACCCCGUGCCGCUCACUCGGAUAUUUCGGGAGCCCGAGGACCAACAGAGAACACUUCCUACCAGGAUCUUUCGGGACACCAAGGCGACUCAGCAGCCACUGCGGACCCCUCAGCCCCGUGGCCGACAGUGGAGCCCGUGGGCCCGGUCCAGCCCGGCCCCCAGCAGCCCUUUCCGCUCCAGCCGGGCUCCUACCCAGCGGGGGGAGACUGGGGACAGACCGGGGGGCCGGUGCCUCUCUACUCAGUUCCCGAGACUCACCUGCCGGGGAUCGGUGGCGGCGUGGCUGUGACAGAGGCUCCCGGAGGAAGGGCCUGGGAGCAGGCCCAGCAGACACAGCCGCAUCCUGGAGAGAACGCGGCGUCUCCGGACACUUCCCAGCAUCCCGACGGUCCGAAGGCGGCUUCCGAGCCACAGGUGCCACUGAUUCCCGGGACACAAGACAUUUCCGAGAGCGCUGCCGUUUCGGCCAAGGAGGAAGAGGAGGAGGAUUCUUCUGAUGAGACGGAUAAGAAAUCUUCCCAUCACACCGCGCAGGGAGCAAAGAGCUCAGGGUUUGGCUGGUUCAGCUGGUUUCGCUCAAAGCCCACCCACAGCGCAUCCCUCUCCGGAGAUGAAGACUCCUCAGAUGGCCCCGACUCGGAGGAGACCCCCAGUGUGUCUCCUCCCCCCCAGGCCGGCUCAGGCUUCUCCCUGACUCCUCUCCCAGGGCCCCCGUCUCUGCCAGGCACCGGCACCUUCUCCAGGGCCACAGGUGGGGGUGAAGCCCAAGGACCAGUGUCCAGCUGGGGAACAGCCGAGGUCACUGGGAACGGAGGCUUGUCCGGGCCACAGGGCGUUUCCUCCGAGCACUACUUCAGCCCUGGUGCCCUGCCCCCCCCGCCCCCCAUGAAAGGGGCAGUUCCUCUCUACAACCCAUCUCAGGUCCCCCAGCUCCCCACGGCUCUGAGUGCGAGCCGGCCACAUCGCCUCGCGCAGCGCCGCUACCCGACCCAGCCCUGAGGAGCGACCACCCAUCCGUUCUUCACCUCCCAGCCCCUCUACCGCGUCAGGGCCCCAGGAGGGUUGUGCCGGCCUGGUGCCUCCACUGGGCAUGGAGAAGGCCAAGGGACAGGGUCCCGCAGGGUCCAAUUCCGUCCAGUCUCUUAAGAUCAGCUUCACACGACAGAAAUGGCUCCGUCAGAUGGAAAAGCUGGGCAUGGUCGCAGACGGGAGGGGAGCAGGGAGCAGCUGCCACCCAUGGGGCAGCUUAGAGGGUGGUGGCUUCAGAUCCCCAGACCAGUCGGGGCCGGGGGACACCACCACGGACCCCAGUGGGCCCUGCAGCAGGAACUCUGGGGCAGGGCUGUCUGAGCCAUCUCCCGGCCUCACCUGACUUCUCCCUCAGGUUCAGUUACCGACCAGCAAUCCAUGGCUGUCCUUAGCAAACGUUUUUACACGAAAACUUGAUUCUUCUUGUCAUCAUUCCCUUUUCAGUGGCAUUUCAGCAGUUUCCCUGUUGGUCCUCCUUUCGUGCCCAUUUUUAGGCGGUUCAGAUUAAUUAUAUUUCUCUCACUUUC